GGAUGCAAAUAGUAGUUGGUGAUUACAGAUUCCGUGCUCCACUUUUGUUCAUCUUCAAUCUUUCCUUUUCUCGGCUCUGCAAAAACCCUAAACCUUUAAUUAAUCUUAAAAAGGAAACAACAAAAUUGGUACGCCCUCCCCAUUUACACCUUACAGCUCUCCAUUUGCAAGCCUCUGCUCCCUCGCUGGAAAAAACAAGGUAAUCAACAAUGUUUGGAGUGGUGUUCCCGAACCGAAGCUUUCCUAUGGAUAUCUCCACCUUUACUCAAAUAGACACCACCCAUUGGGUCCUUGACAUGAACACCUUUGUUGGGGAAGCAUAUGAUUCAAUUCGAGAAGUCUGCAUAUUCCUCAUCAACAACCUCACGCUACCACCAGACAAGGCCCUGGCUGUGUAUAUCCAAUCCCCUGGCUCACCUUUCCUCUUUUGUGGUGCAGUCACGGUGACUCGACCCUCUGCUGUGCUGUCGCUUCCUUGGCCAGAGCCAGGUGGCCAACUGCAGCUCACUGCUGAUGCAACUCCAAUCUCUGCCAAGAUAGGUGUUUCAGUUGAGGAUCUUGCAACACUUCCCUCCCUGGAUGUGGCUGCAGGGCAGAAAAUUGAGAGGUUGGCACUGAAAGUUGGUGAGAAUUUAUUCAAUUUCAUGCAGUCAUUUUGUGGGGUGGAUGGCAGUAAGCUGGUGGUGCCUAUGGAUAUAUUGGAUCGCUGGUUCAAGAAAUUCCAGGAACGAGCAAAGCGAGAUCCAGAAUAUUUGAAGGGCUUCGCUUUGUAGUACAUUUUCAUGUAUUGAAGGUUCCUUUCUUUUCUCUUUUCUCUUUGGAGGAUUGUGAUGAGAAUGUAAUAGUAUGAGUUAAUUGUUGUAGGAUUGGGCUAUGUCAUUGUCAGUAUUUGGUUAAAACUUUGAGUGGCAACCAUUGUCUAAUGUUGGUUUUUAGAGAAGAGAGUCUCAAUCUUAUCAUUUAAGUUUCAUCAGAAA